AUGCCAUUUUCUUUUUCCCUACACAGCGAAACAAUGUUUAAGAAAUUCUACCCCAAUGAAUUCGUCAUUUCCAAGAGUCAAGUAAAAGCAUCCGCAGGACGCGGUAUUCGGAAAGCGAUCAUUGAGCAGUAUCCGGAAUUCGAGAAGUAUGCAGAUGAGCUGUUCCCCAAGAAGGAAAACGUGGUGGUAGCGAAAUGCCAGAAUCACAUCGAGAUUGUAAUUGUGAAUAAUAAGCCUCUUUUCUAUUCUGUGCGUGAUGGUCCCUUCUUCCCAGUCAUGCGUGUGCUUCUUCGCGCUCCUGAUAUGAUGAAGAGCGUUCAGGUCGAUAAGGGUGCCAUUAAGUUUGUUCUUGGAGGAGCCAAUAUUAUGUGUCGUGGAAUUACCUCUCCUGGAGGCCGUCUUCCUGACGGUUUGGAAAAGGGCGAGCCAGUGGCGAUUUUUGCUGAAGGAAAGGAGAAUCCGCUGGCAGUGGGUGAGAUGGCGAUGUCGUCUGCGGAGAUCAAGGAAAAGAACGAGGGUAUUGGUAUUUUCUUGGGAAAUUAUCUGAACGAUGGUUUGUGGCAGUGUCUGAACCUUGAGUAG